ACAUAAAUUACCAAAACAAGUCCUUAUCGAAAUUUUAUGACGAUAAAAACAGCAAAAAUCCAAACGACCGUUGAAUCAGAAUAUAAAUCAAUAAGGCUCAGCCAAUUAGGUUUCGAAAAUCAUAAUGGUGAAAAAAGGAGGCACGAAGAGGAAGAUUGCGAUUGAGAUGAUACAGAAGAGAGAUUCUCUUAGGGUUACUUGCACCAAACGCCGUGAAGGUCUCUUUAGCAAAGCCUCUCAGCUUUGUCUUCUCUCCGGUGCUCAAAUCGCUAUCUUGGCGACUCCUCCUUCUUCUGAAUCCAACGUCUCCUUCUACUCUUUCGGUCACUCCUCCGUUGAUGCCGUUGUCUCUGCUUUUCUCUCUGGACAACGUCCUGUUUCGGCUUCUGUUCCGGAGGAUAACAAAGAGACGAGGGAGGACGUUGGUAUUUGCCUGAAUCGAAAGAAUCUAGGGUUAGGGUUUUGGUGGAAUAACGAGAGCCUUGCCAGAUCGGAGAAUCCUCAAGAGCUUAGUGACGCGGUCGAUUCCAUGUGGACGUUGUUGAGUAAUCUCAAGGAAUUGCGUGCGGAUGAAGCUUUCGUUAAUGAUCACAAGGACUUGAAGAAGAACGAGAAGAGCGAUCAAACCCUAAAUCUUCAGUCCACUUCCGCAAUUUGUUGCAUUCCUGAUGAUUUACCUGAAAAUAUCAACGAGAAUAUUACUCAAGAGCCAGAUCAAACCCUAAAUCUUCAGUCCACUACUUCUACAAUUUGUUGCGUCCCUGAUGAUCUCGUUGUACUCGAUGAUGAAGAGCAGGAUCAGAUCCUCUCGAUUUGUGAAAGCUUUUGUGUGACGGACAACAACAACAAUGCCUUACCUGAAGGAAACUUGGAUUAUGGUCCAGAGAUGGAUAUUGAUAUUGAUCAACUCGUUGAUUUCGAGACUAAUUUUGAAAGCUCCCUCGAUGAUUGGUUUUCCAACAACACUCAACAGGAACUUGAGGAGACUAAUGCAAACUGGUUUGACCUCGAUCAGUUUUCCAUAUAUGUAUGAGGGAAAUCGAUCGAACUCAAACUGGUUCUGCUUCAGUUUUGGUUUGUUUAAUGAUAAUGCAUUCUUCUUCUUAUGUUUGAUUGCAAAUUAGUUAUGUUAAGUUGACUAUUAGAUACUAUCUAAUUAUCUAAAUAGGCUGAUUUGAGGUCCUAAUUGUUUUACCAUCUAACAUGAGUACAUGACUCUAGCUAGACCUUAUUUUUUCAAUUUUGCUUUGAGAAUAAAAGGUCAGUUUCAUA